UGGAAAACCAACUCUGAUCUCGCCCGGGUGCUGAAGCCGCCUUGCAAGAAAGGCCUUGGCUCGCCACGCGCCUUGCAGCCCGGGACGCCCGGGCGGAGAACGCAGGGCGCGCACGCCUUCCGCCAGGAUUGCCCCGCAGCGCGAGGGAAAGGGCUGGACGCCGGCACAGGGGGCACCCUGGGUGCCAGGCUGGGAUUUCGCGGAGACCGCCUUUUGGGGGGCACGAGGCGUCUCCUGGGCUGCACAGGGAGGCUGGUGGGCUUUCAACUGAGAAAGUCUUGAUGGCCCAAGAUAAUGGAAAUGAAUACAUUCCAAGACAUUCAAAUACUGUAUUGCAGAAGGCAAAAUCCCGAGGGACAGUGGAUGUCUAGGUAAUGGGAGAACAAAGAAAGAAGUGAUGUAUCUUGCCAGUGUAACAGCUGCACACAGCGCUUCACACCAGGCCUGCCAACAUGCUUGUAAGACUCAAGAGGAGUUGCAGGUAAACCAAUCGCUCUUCAGACAUCAACGUAGGAGAGCUAAUGUAGCAGCCUUGGGAAAUUUCAACAAUGUGCUGGGUAUGUUAGAGGUAACCCCAGCUCCCAGAUCAACCUACCACAUGCCAGAGAAGCCAUUCCAUUGCACUGAUUGUGGGAGGAGCUUCUCGCAGAGUUCCAACCUGAUCGAACACCAGAGAAUCCACACAGGGGAACGCCCCUUCACAUGUAGCGAGUGCCAAAAGAGCUUCAGCCGCAGCAGCACCCUGGUUGAACACCAGCGGACACACACAGGCGAGAAGCCGUACACGUGCAAGGAGUGUGGGCGGGGCUUUAGUCGCAGCUCUACCCUCACAGAGCACCAACGCACCCACACAGGAGAGACCCCCUUCCCCUGCCAGGAGUGCGGAAAGGCCUUCAGCCGUACUUCCAACCUGGUGAAGCAUUUGCGCACCCACUCGGGUGAGAAACCAUACACCUGCACCCUCUGUGGGAAGCGCUUCUCCCUUAGUUCCAACCUUCUUAAGCACGAGCGCACCCACUCAGGGGAGAAGCCUUUCCUUUGCCCUCUCUGUGGGAAACGCUUCAAGAAGAAGACCCACCUCGUGUCCCACCACCGUGUGCACACUGGGGAGCGGCCCUACCGGUGUGAGGAAUGUGGGAAAUGUUUCUCGCAAAGCUCCAUCCUGAUCGAGCAUCAGAGGAUUCACACUGGGGAGAAGCCCUACAAAUGUGCAGACUGUGGGAAGAGCUUCUGUGUGAGUUCAAACCUCAUCAAGCACCAGAGGAUCCACACAGGCGAAAAACCGUACACCUGCUUGGCCUGUGGGAAAGCCUUCCGUUACAAGCCUCAGUUCACCCGUCACCAGAAGCAGAUGCACCCGGAAGGGGAGGAGCUGGAACCAGUUUCCACUCUUCUCUUGGGCAGAAACUCCUUCUGUGACACCAGUCUCUACAACCACCUCCAGGAUUCCUCUCCCGCCCCUCUAUGGUUCCCCCUGCAUCAUGUGAACUUCGGUGAGGAUAUGACAUCAUCACUGGGUUCCCUCUAUCAUUCUGUAGGCAUUACCGAUUUGCAAGCCACAGGAUUGUUACAGUGUAACUGUCUAGUGUUUUGCAACUGCUCUACUUCUGCCUUGGGAAAAGAGAAAAAAAAGCGUGAGGAUUUUUUUUGCACAAUCCAUUUUCUAGGAUACAGAGACGCUCCCGAGAUGGAAGGGAAGCAUUUAGAAGGGACGGAGGAAAGGGAGGAAUCCAGAGACAAAGGAGCUGGGGCUGGAAGUCAGGAUGAGAGAGAAGACCUCAAGAAUGAAGUACCAGAAAGAAGGCUAAAGAUGCAGGACCUAGAAGCCACUCUGAGCCUGCAACAGAGAAGAUUAGUGCCAGGGAGCAAGGAGAGGGAAGGAAGACAAAGGGGGAUUCAUAAUAGAGGUGGGGAAAAACAAGCAGAGCUGCAGGUCCCAAAUAGCUACCCAAGAGCUGAGAACUGCCAAGACCAAACCAAGGUGGAAGAACAGAGGUGGAGGAACCCGGUGAGAAGACGCCGGACAAAGGAGGCUUCCCAGGAUCCUCCAGGUUUUAUCAACCUUUUGGGUAUCCUGGAACCGCCACCUCCUCUUCCACCCUCUGCCCCCCACAAGCCAGUGAACAAGCCUUUCCAUUGUAUGGAAUGCGGAAAGAGCUUCUCACAGAGCUCUGUGCUCAUUGAACACCAGAGAAUCCAUACUGGGGAGAGGCCCUUUGUCUGCAACGUUUGCGGAAAACGCUUCUCCCAAAGCUCCACCCUGAUGGGCCACCAGAGGAUCCACACGGGUGAGAAGCCUUUUGCCUGCCCUGAAUGUGGACGGGGAUUCAGCCGCAGCUCCGCUCUGACAGAACAUCAGCGCACCCACACAGGAGAGACCCCCUUCCCCUGCCGGGAGUGCGGAAAGGCCUUCAGCCGCACCUCCAACCUGGUGAAGCAUUUGCGCACCCACUCGGGUGAGAAACCAUACACCUGCGCGCUCUGCGGGAAGCGCUUCUCCCUCAGUUCCAACCUCCUUAAGCACGAGCGCACCCACUCGGGAGAGAAGCCCUUCCCCUGCCCCCUCUGCGGGAAACGCUUCAAGAAGAAGACUCACCUUGUGUCUCACAAUCGCGUCCAUACUGGAGAACGGCCCUACCGAUGUGAGGAGUGCGGGAAGUGCUUCUCCCAAAGCUCAUCUCUGAUUGAGCACCAGAGGAUCCACACUGGGGAGAAGCCCUACAAGUGUCCCCAGUGUGGCCGAGGCUUCUAUGUCAACUCCAAACUAGUCAAACAUCAGAGAAUCCAUACGGGUGAGAAACCAUAUGCCUGCUCGGCCUGUGGGAAAACUUUCCGAUACAAGCAACAGUUUCCCCGUCACCUGGCCCAUGUGCAUCCUGGGGAAGACCAAGUUUCUGUGCUUACCUUGGGUACCAGUGUUAAUGUGCUAUUCUCCUAGGGUGUACCCCAGUGCCUGGUGGCUGUCCCACGGGACUAGUUCCAGUCAGAGGCAGAAUUGUUGUCAAAUAUGGUUGAUCCCUAGAAGAGCAUCUUUUGCUGAAUGAUUAAGCCAGUUUCCGAGAUGGCUUAAACAAGUAUUUCUACCUUAGUGACAGUCACAUUUGGGUGGCCUACUUCAUGAUGCCACCUUUAUCCUCAUUUAGAGGAGCUACUUCCCCAAAUUGUAGAAUUUUCUUUUAUGCAGUAUGUCCCUGACAGAGGCCAUGCCACUUCAGAGGGCUGUCAUUGUAGUGAGUUUACAAUAGUGCCAAGAUCUACCAACCUGACAUCUUGUUAUAUUAACUAACACAAUAUAAGGAUUCUAUUCUGUUAUUGGAUCAAGAUUAUUUUAUGUGGUAUAUGAAACCCAAAGCUAAUCACUUUGUUUAACUUUGCUUUUUGUUACCGUAUAGCUCAUGACACAGGAUUUUAGUUUUCCAUCUGCUCUGAGAAAAAGCAAAAGGAUUUUCUAAGGACCUUAUUUUUUGGUUCAUAUAGCCAGGAUUUAUUUUCUGGAGAUUCUUUUUUCUGAAUCUGAAGUAAAGGUAAAAUUGUACUUUCAAGUUUUUUAAUUGAGCUAAUUACAGUAUUAUCUAGAAAACACGUCAUUAACCUUCAAAGACAUUUCUUUUCAUUAAUGUUGAGAUUAUUCAGAUGGUGUGUUUAUGAUAACUACAGGAAAACCACAAAAUGUCUCUAACUUAAAACUCCAUACUGAUGCUUCCACCAGUUUUUAUUCAAGGUAAUUCCUUUCACAGUCAGAUUGUAAAAUUCUGUCUGAGAACAGACAUUUUGACUACUGAUGGGAUUUUAGAAUAAUUGUAAAAACUUCUAAAUGGCCUCUUAUCAUUGUGGAGUCUACUAUGGUAGACCAAUCUUCUAGAGGUGUAAUUGUUCAGUACUUUAUAGGAUUGCUCACUUUUUCUGCUGACAACUCAUACCAGAUCCAUUUCAAGCUCUGUGCUCCAUUCAGUACAAAACCAGAACAGUCAUGUGCAGGAGGAACCACCAUUAGUGGUGAGCACAUGACAUCUCACGGACUCAUCUCAAGAAGUGAGCAAUAGGCAAGAUAGUGGCCUCCAAAAGUCACACAUGAGCUUCUCAUUAAUUUAGUCGUCAGAUCAUUGAGGACUUUGUCUUUUUUUAGUAAAUGUCCUUGAAUUAGCUUCAGAACUUAAUUCACAAGAGCUAGAAUGAAAACAAAGUGAAAACAAAUGCUAUUCUAUAGUUAAAUAAUUAAGAAUCCUACCUAACACACAUACCUGUAACUUAGUCAUUUCCACAGAAACUAGUGUUUCAAGCAGUGAGACUGGACUUCCCAUAUCAGGUAAUACGUUUGAAAUAGGGUGUGAUCUAGUCCUAGUAUUGUGUGAUAACACUGGAAUAGACAAGUUUUUAACUUGAUUGCUUCAUUGUGGCAGUUGUGUAUUUGGACAGGGGAGUCAUACAGUGGUGAAGUCACUCUCAUUUCUGAAACAAAACCAGCUGGAGGAACAAUCACAAGGAAGUAUGAACUGAAGGUUUCCACUUUAUUGUGGCAGAAAGAAUAGUAGCAGAACAAAAGCCCUGGAAGUGCUAGUGUUCUUGAGAUAGGAUCGCAAGAACAUCCUGGCAUGUUCAGUCUUGCACCCACUUCUGUCCCCAAAUGUUUUGCUAGCCCAAGUACCUGUGCUCCAGUCCCUACAAUAAUUUCUACCUAUUGUCCCAGUGCUGUGUUAUGUCUCCAUUUUUCUCUCAGACAUUGCAAGGAAUCACUUUGUCUACUGACUUUCCAAUCAGUUGCUGAAAUAAUUUACCCAUAGACAUAAUGCACAAGCCUAUCGAAUUUCACUUCCAGAUAAUUAAGAGGGUGCACACACAUAUACACCACAUAAAAUCUUAUAUUAGUUACAUAGUGGGUCUGUUUAUACUGGAGUAACUAUAAAUUUAUCAACUCACUUUCUCACGCUAAAGUUAUGGUGACAAAGAAAUAGACAUCUUUGGCUUGAUUUCAAGGCCAAUUCCUACUGCAUUCCACUGAUUCAUGAAUUAUGUCACUUAUUGCACAAUUCUGAGAUGUCAUUCAUCUGAUUUUUCUAUGUCAAUUCAUCCUCCCCCAAUUUUUAAGUAAAUGUUAUUGCCAGCAGGGUUGAAACGGUAAGUACAGGUAGUCCUCAACUUACGACCACAACUGAGACCAGAACUUCUGUUGCUAAGCAAUGCGGUCAUUA